AAUACAGACCACGCAUCUAGAUUCAAAACAGCCAGUCAGCAUCACUGAAGGAGACACUCUGAAACUCAACUGCAAGGCGCGAGCUAACCCCGCCCCCUCCUACUCCUGGACAUUCCCCCAAGCUCUCGGCCACACCCACGACACAGAGGUCCCUCAUCCUCCCUCACGUGAAGCACACAGGAAAUUACACGUGUAAAGUCUGGAACAGCCAAGGGACUGAUGCCAUACGUACCUGGUGGAGGUCAAAAGUGGACUGGCUCCCCAUCAUUGCAGGGCUGGUGGGGGCGGUGAUAUUUGUUGUCAUAGUAAUUGGAUGUUUCAUAUUCAAGGGCCCAUUACAAUCAGACCAGGACCGGACGCUAUGACUUAAGGAACAUCUUCCAAUCACUGAAGGGUGCCAGCAAUCAUGUGGCCCUGUCCAAUGGGUCUCUUCUGUAGGACGAGGCUUAGGGAGGUUGACUGGAAAACUUUUUGGUUGUUUUAGCCAAUCUCUUUUGUAGGGCGGGUCUUAGGAGAGUCCAUAGACAAACCUACUGGUUGAUGAUGGUAAAUGCUGCUGUAAGUUAACAAAAUAUAGUGUAAAUAAAUCAAUGGCUAAAGAUAUUUAGGCAAGACACUGGACAAGAUACAGUAUUUGAGGUGUUGUAAACCUACAGAUUUGCCUCCACAAACUUUCUUGUUGCUAUGUUGUUUGUUGCUGUCAUGUUGCUAAAGAUGUCCAACAUGUGUUUAAGGUGUGCUUGAAUGUCAAUGUAGACCAUAGGCUACUACUGAGGACUGAGUACAGGAACAGCACAAUCACAUGGUUAUGUUUCUAUGGUGACCACAGGAAUGUCAGGAAUAUGAGUGACUGUUUCAAUGUGAGACAAUUUGUCCAUAUUUUAUUUGACUUUCAGUCAUGUAAUGUCAAAUCAAUUUGCAUUGUAGAUCUGAACAUGAAAAGUGACAAAUCUUUUUAAAAGGUUUUCAAGACUGCCAUUCACUAACCAUAGUAACCAUGACAGAAACAUAACUUGAUAGCAAGCUAAAAUUUUUGAGCGUUUCUAAAAAGGUUUCCAGACUAAAAUGUUAACAGUAUUCUGAAUAUGUGAAGUUAAAAAAUACCUACUAUUCAUUUCAACACUGAAGCAUCAACAGUUAUCAUAGGUCACAUGAGUUUAAUCUGCACACGUUAUAAGUAAAUCACUGACGCUCAGCAUACUGUGACUGAGUUUUAACCAACGGUUUUGUGUGAGUGAGUUGGUAGACAUUUUAUGUGUUAUGUUUUUCCAGCCCACCGUUAAUAAAAACUAUUGUGAGGGAAGGCCGUCUGCCGUGUGUCUUGCCCCCUCUAGAGUCAAAAGUAGAACAUCGAGACAACGCCACCGAAGUUAAAUCGAUUGAAUACAUUUAGCUGCCGUUAAACACCGUUUUGAGCUUGUGUAACGAUGGUCAAACACUCAAACGAUGGACAGACGAAAACAUUCUUUAGCUCUGGAAGUUGUAUGUGGGAGACUGAGUGAAAGACAAAAAACGGCGUUAGAUAAAGGACAUGUUAUUAUGAUUUAACGCAGAACGUCAUAACACCGGAAGUACUCAAGCUGGAAAGGUUAAAAGGGACUUCUUUUAGCCGUCUCCCGUUAGCUUCAGUUUACAUAUGCUGCAAGUAUGGAGGUGACACGGAAAAAUUUUAAAGACAGUUUAAGCACUGUAAACAGCGCCAUAGAGGAAGCGGAUUUUCUAGCCAUUGAUGGGGAAUUUUCAGGUAUAAGUGACGGCCCUAACGUUAGCGCGCUCACGAACGGGCUGGACACGCCAGAAGAACGCUAUACCAAGCUCAAAAAGCAUUCCAUGGAGUUUCUCCUCUUCCAGUUUGGACUGUGCACGUUCAAGUAUGACCAAGCAGAAUCUAAGUAUAUCAUCAAGUCUUUUAACUUUUACGUAUUUCCAAAGCCAUUCAACAGAACAUCACCUGACAUCAAGUUCAUAUGCCAAAGCUCCAGCAUAGACUUCUUAGCCAGUCAGGGGUUUGACUUCAACAAGGUCUUCUGUAAUGGGAUCCCCUACCUGAACCAGGAAGAAGAAGCACAGCUGAGGGAGCAGGUUGAGGAGAGGCGGAGCCAGUCCAAUGGGGCCACGCCCUCUUACAUAUCCCCUUCCUCCAAGGGCCCUGCCCACGUCCCCGAUGAGCACAAAGACUUCAUCAACCGCGUGGUGGAGAAGGUUGAGGCUCUUCUCAGCAACUCAGACAAGACUGUGGAUCUGGAGCCUUGUACUGGGUUUCAGAGGAAGCUGAUCUACCAGACGCUCAAUUGGAAGUUCCCUAAGGGCCUGCACGUGGAAACCGUGGAAACGGAGAAGAAGGAGCGCUACAUCCAGAUCAGCAAGGCUGAUGAAGAGGAGAGGAGGAGGAGGCAGCAACAGAGACACGAGAGGGAGCAGGAAGAGCUGAAUGAUGCUGUGGGUUUCUCCAGGGUCAUUCACUUCAUCUCCAGAUCAGGAAAGCUGGUGGUUGGACACAACAUGCUGCUGGAUGUGAUGCACACCAUCCACCAGUUUUACUGCGCCCUGCCUGAGGACCUGAGAGACUUCAAAGAGGUCACCACCUGUGUUCUCCCCAGGUUGUUAGACACCAAGCUCAUGGCCUCCACUCAUCCCUUCAAGGAACUCAUCAGCAACACUUCUCUGGCUGAGCUGGAGAAACAGUUGAAAGAGUGCCCCUUCAAGUCCCCCAGAGUUGAGACGGCGCCUGGUUUCCCUAGUUACGACACGUCUCAGGAGCAGCUGCAUGAAGCGGGCUACGAUGCCUACAUCACUGGGCUCUGCUUCAUCUCUAUGGCCAACUACCUAGGCACGUUCCUGACCCCCCCCAAGACUCACAUCGGCUCUCACUCCAAACUCAUCGAACCCUUCUUCAACAAGUUAUUCCUGAUGAGGAUAAUAGAUAUUCCCUACCUCAACAUCAGCGGACCAGACUUGCAGCCUAAGAGGGAUCAUGUACUGUACGUCACCUUCCCUAAGGAGUGGAAGACCAGCGACCUCUAUCAGCUCUUCAGUGCCUUUGGUAACAUCCAGGUGUCAUGGAUAGAUGACGUGUCGGCCUUCGUGUGUCUGAGUCAGACUGACCAGGUUCAGAUAGCCAUGAACACCAGUCGCUAUGCGGAGAGCUACCGUAUCCAGACGUAUGCAGAGUACGUCCAGGGGCGGCAGCAGGAGAGGCAGGCCCAGGGAGGAGGCUCCUCCUGGGGGGCGGACGCCUGGGUCCGGCCCUCCACUGCACCCUCCUACGGAUACACACAGCACAAGGCCCCAGGGAAGCGCAGCAUCAGUCCGGUCCAGGAGGACGACACACACGACUGGAGCCUGUCCUCCUCACAGGGCAGCAAGAAGAUCAGGACUGACGGUGUGUGUGUUCAGACGUACGCAGGCGUGGUGGACAGCAAGACGACAGAAGGCUGGCUUAAUACCACGUCGCCGGCUGAUUUGUCGGGGACGAGUCCGACUCAGGAAGAGGAGAGUCCUGAGGCCUCUCAGCCAAUCAGUGAGACAGGGGCGGUUGCCUGGCAACAGCAACCCCCUGCCAAUCAGAAAAGGAAGGGUCGCAAGAACCAGAAGAAGACAGAAGUCGAGACAGGUCCUGAAGUGGCUCCUCUGUACGACGUGCCCCAGGUCUGGUAGGAGGAGGGCCUGGGCACCACCCGCUCUGCUGAUGGACCACGGGACACCCUGGAUACCGUUCCCACGGCACUCGCUGGACCUGUGCAGCAGGGGGGACAUCCCAUAAUGAAGCCAUGUGUAAAUGACACCAACAGUCUCUCACCAUCCUCCCAGACAACACAUCACCAAGGCUUUUUAACCAUCUGUGUGUGUAUGCGUGCGCGUGCGACCAGAUGACAGCACUUAACUGGUCCUGUGGUUUACACGUUUUUGUAUUUCAGUGUGAAUAUUUUUAAUAGUCUUCGCCCACCUUCGCCCAUCAAUUCUUUUUUAAACGUGUUUAUACCCUGGUGAUCUGGUAGCCCGUCGUCCUCAACACAUCAUAAAUGUUUAUAUUUAUUCUUGGUGUAAACCCCAGGCACAACCAGUCUGAUGUCCAACCCAGCUGUUUACUUGUUUAUUUAGAAGUCUUAUUUCGUUUUUUGUACGUUCCCUGUAAACUGUCAAAGAAUGUUCCGGUGAAAAAUUGUCGUCAUUUUUUGUAUGACGCGGUGUAAAAGUGUCUAAAAUAAUAUUUCCUUACAUUGAAAGGAAAAAUAAAAAUGUUUCUUAGUAA